AUGACGCGCUGUGGUCUUAGCUUUGCUGUCCUGAUUGCGCUGACGGCAUCGGACGUGGCCGUCGAUCUCAUCAUCCUGGCCAUUCCAUUGGCGCUGGUUCUCUCUCUCCACCUAGACUUCCAUAAGCGCAAUGGGAUUAUAGUGGUGCUGCUCAUGGGGUCAAUGGCGAGGGCGUGUGGCAUCGCGCGCAUGUCACUAUUCGCUAGGAUCCUCGGACCUAAACUGCUCUCCACACAAACCGUAGGCAGCGUAUCCUCGAGCGAUGACAUCGGCAUCGUCAGCAUCCUCAUGUUCUGGGGCAUGUCGAAACCGGGUGGCGAUCGUGGCGAUCGUGGCGAUCUGCCUCCCCAUCCUCUACCGGCUGGUGCGCGACGUCUCGCCCCGUGCGCGCCUACAAAGCCUGCUUAUGUUUCGUCAGAUACAAGGUCGAAGGACGACGGUAGCUCGUUUCUAGAUGGUGCCGAAGUCCAGCCAGGGCAAAGUGCUCCGCCUCGCAGAUUCUACGGACUUGGUUCUAUCCUGAAAUCCGUUGAUGACAAUGCAGCGAUGAAAUUGUCUUUGGGCUUUACAGGAGAGCGAGGGGCUGAGUGGCCGCAGAUGAGAAACCAGUCCACCAUCGCUCUCCCAAUGCGGAUGCAUGCUGUCACGACUGAUGCGGUGCUCAAUGCGCAGCAGCACCCUCCGAGGAGCCAGAUCUGGGAAAUAGAGGAGAUCCCACGUACAGUUGAGGUGGCUUGA